GCUAAAAUCACAGUAGCAACAAGUCAAAUUUGUUACUUAGGUUCCCUCUCCUGAUUGGCCAAUCAAACCAACUUUACGUAUCUACAACAUGGGGAAUACUUCCGAUUCACUCAGGACUAAGCUCCGCAAUCUUGCUGUGCUGCAAGGUUCAUCCCAGGAUGCACACCUGGACGCUCUCCCCGACACUCCGCAAGAGGCGUUCGAAGUCUGGUUGGAUAACGCCAUUUCUGAAGGUGUCACGGAGCCUCACGCAAUGACUCUUUCCACUGUUGACGAGAAUGGUUGCCCAGAUGCCCGCGUUCUGAUUCUCAAGAACAUUGACCAUCGCGGUUGGCAUUUCGCAAUCAAAGCCGGCAGUCCCAAGGGACAGCAGAUUGAAAAGAAUCAACACGUCGCACUCACUUUCUACUGGCCUCAGCUUGCUCGCCAAGUUCGCCUCCGGGGAAAAGCCGUGCAAUUGCCUGAAGCAGAUUGCAUUCAAGAUUUCACCGCCCGCCCGGCAGGAUCCAAGAUCAGCGCCAUGGCUUCGAAGCAAAGCCAGGUGCUUAACGGACCAGCUGAACUUGCCAAGAGCCUUGCUGAUGCACAGGCGACUCUGGAAAAGUCCCCAGAUCAUCACAUGCCAGGUUGGAAGGUCUAUGCGGUUGCGCCUGAUGUUGUGGAGUUUUGGCAGGGAAAGAAAGAUCGGCUCCACGAGAGGCUACAAUAUGUGCGAGCGGCUGAUGGACAAAACUGGGAAAAGCAGAGCCUGUGGCCGUAGACCUAGAACUCACCGAGUUCGUAUGGGUCACGCCUGAACUGUUGUAGAGAACCUAAUCUCAGUUACACUGCACCGAUUUAAAACUGGGUGCUAGUUGUUAUCUCGGUUGCUUUCAAGGCCCGGUUAUAUCAGCAUCGCACUCAAAUUUGCUCCAAAACUAAAUAACAGUCAAAUGGCAUCCCUCAACCCACACAUCAUCAUGCACGUUCCUCAUACCUCCGUUCAGAUCCUGAACCUAUCAAGUUCUCUGGGUGGAUGAUAUAGUUCACUGUAAGCUUCUCAAACGCUCAUAUUGGAUUUAUGAAGGGAUGCGUUACGUGAAGAUAGCAGUAUAGUGUUAGCACCAGUGCUGGCAGCAAAACACUCGCCCUGCUUCGUAAAACCUGAG